ACAAGUGGAGAAACUUCGAAAAAUAAGACCACAUACAGUAGAGAAAGGAGAAAGAAACUUUAUUCAGUUUUGCAAAUUGCACGGGGAUCAUCAGCAUCUAUUUUAAAAGAAAAAUUAUCAGCCAUGGGUUCAUCUGGAGUGUUAGCAGACCAUCAGCUGCAAGCUCAAUUACAGGAGCAUCAUUUGAAAGGCCACAGUCAUCUUACAAUAUUAGACAUUGCAAGGAAGGCUUUUCUUUACAGUCAUUUUAUGGAAGGCAAUACAAAAAUUGCACCAAUAUCUCGCUUGCCUCUCAUCACUGUUAUAGAUACCAAGCAUCAUUUGAAGGACAUUCCAGUUGUACAGCCAUUUCACUUGGAGCUAAAUUUCUUCAAUAAAGAGAAUCCAGUUCUUCACUAUCCUGUCAGGGCUUUUUAUGUGGAUGGAUCUAAUCUUAUGGCAUAUAAUAUAUUAUCUGGAUCUGACAGUAUCUACAAGAAGUUUUACAAUUCGAUUCCUCGGAGUGUGGAGUAUCAAGCAAAAUACUUGAUUUACAGUAAAAAACAACACCUAUUUCUUGCGGUUUAUGAAUUUACUGGUACUACAAAAGAAGUUGUACUUUACCGGGAAAAUACUGAUGCGGUGACAUCAAACAGUAAAAGCACCACAGUCAAAGGUUGUGAUGCGGCAUUUAUUGGUCAGAAUGAAAAUCAGUUUGCUAUUCUCGAUGAGGACAAGACAGGGCUGGCAGUAUUUACACUACCAGGAGGAGCCUCACAAGAAACAAAGCAAAAUGAUAAACUUUUUGAAGAAAAUCAACCUGCAGAAACUAACGAUGGUUCAAUUCGCGGCCCAGUGCCAUUUAUGUUUGAAACUGAAGUUGAUCGUAUCUAUUCAACUCCUUUAGAUUCAACUUUGAUGUUUGCUUCUCAUGGGAGCCAAAUUGGACUAGUAAAGCUCAUACAAGGGUACCGCCUUUCCACUUCAUCUUCCAAAGGGCAUUAUAUAUCAACCAAGGGUGAGGGCAAAAAGUCGAUCAUGUUGAAAAGAAAUGAGAUUGUACUUCAGGUUUACUGGCAAGAGACUCUCAGGGGACACGUUGCAGGAAUUUUAACAACACAUAGAGUACUUAUUGUUUCGACAGCACUUGACAUACUUGCAGGCACUUCGACAAAUUUUGACAAAGGGCUUCCUUCGUUUAGAUCAAUCUUAUGGAUAGGGCCUGCCUUUCUUUUUUCUACUGCCACUGCAAUUAGUAUACUCGGCUGGGAUGGAAAAGUGAGGACUAUCUUGUCAACUAGUAUGCCUUGUGCAGUCUUGGUUGGUGCUUUGAAUGAUCGAUUGUUGCUUGCUAGUCCUACAGAAAUAAAUCCCAAACAGAGGAGGGGAUUUGAGGUCAAAAGCUGUCUUGUUGGUCUUCUUGAGCCUCUUCUUAUUGGAUUUGCCACGAUGCAACAAAGUUUUGAGCAGAAGCUUGACCUAUCAGAAAUACUGUACCAAAUAACAUCAAGGUUUGACAGCUUGCGCAUAACACCUAGGUCUCUGGACAUCCUUGCUAGAGGUUCUCCAGUUUGUGGAGACUUAGCUGUGUCAUUAUCUCAAUCAGGUCCACAGUUCACCCAAGUGAUGCGGGGUGUCUAUGCUGUGAAAGCUCUUCGUUUUUCCACUGCUUUGUCUGUUCUAAAAGACGAAUUCCUGCGAUCAAGAGAUUACCCACAAUGUCCCCCUACAUCUCAUUUAUUUCACAGGUUCAGACAGUUGGGUUAUUCCUGUAUCAGAUUCGGUCAGUUUGAUAGUGCAAAAGAAACUUUUGAAGUUACAUCAGAUUACGAAAGCAUGCUUGAUCUAUUUAUAUGCCACCUUAAUCCUAGUGCCAUGAGGCGUCUUGCUCAGAAGUUGGAAGAAGAAGCUCUUGACUCAGAAUUGAGGAGAUAUACUGAAAGGAUUUUACGGAUUCGAUCUAGUGGAUGGACUCAGGGCAUAUUUGCCAACUUUGCGGCAGAAAGUAUGGUUCCUAAAGGACCUGAAUGGGGUGGUGGAAACUGGGAAAUCAAAACCCCUACUAAUGAAAAGGAUAUACCUCAGUGGGAGCUUGCUGCAGAGGUGACGCCAUAUAUGAAGAAUGAUGAUGGUGCUAUUCCAUCCAUUAUUGUAGAUCAUAUAGGUGUGUAUUUAGGCUCAAUUAAAGGAAGAGGCAAUGUUGUUGAGGUAAGGGAAGAUACCUUGGUUAAAGACUUCAUCCCUGCAUGCAACGAUUUUAAAGCAAAUGGUCUUGAAGUAUCUUCACUUAAACCCACAUCUAAUCAAGGGAUUGGUAAUGCAAAAGGUGUUCCAUUAAUGGGUCAGGAAAGGCUUACUCAACGGCGUGCCAAUUCCUCAACUGAUGAACAGACUAAAGCAGAAGAAGAAUUUAAGAAAUCCAUGUAUGGAGCUGCUGCUUCUGACAGCAGCAGUGAUGAGGAAGGAGUAUCAAAAACCAAAAAGAUACGUGUUAGAAUACGAGACAAGCCAGUUACCUCUUUUGUGGAUGUGGAUAAGCUUAAAGAAGCCACUAGUAAAUUUAAACUAAGUGAAGGGUUAACUCCUACGAGGAGUAGGUCCUUUACUAGUGUAUCCCAAGAUCUUGGCCUAUCUCAGCCACCUGCAGCUACUGGAGUGGCUGCUCAUACUGUUUCAACUCCAGGUGACCUGUUUAGUAUAAAUGCCUUUACUCAACCAGAAUCAAUUUCACAGCCAACUCCUGGGGUUGCGAGUGGGGGAACUAAAGUAGGACCUAUUCCAGAAGACUUCUUUGAGAACACAAUUCCAUCUCUUAAGGUUGCUGCUUCACUGGCUCCUGCUGGCAGUUAUCUCUCUAAAUUUACUGCAGGAGCUCAAAGUGGCAAAGCAACUCAAAACCAGGUUAAAGCUUCUGAAUCUGAAGUUAGUCUUCAAGGUGAUGUUUCUACUCAAGCUGUUCAACUACCUAUGUCUCCUAUCGAGUCUGUAGGACUUCCGGAUGGUGGUAUACCACAAUCCUCAGAUCAGGCUGCAGUCACGCCCCCAUCACAAUUUCAGGCACCAGUUUCUAGCCAACCUCUUGAUCUUAGUAUAUUUGGAGCACCAAAUACUUCUGAUUCUGGAAAGCCUCCACAAACUGGUUCUCCACCAUCCUCUGUAAGACCGGGACAGGUUCCCCGAGAAGCUGCUGCUUCUGUGUGUUUCAAGACUGGACUUGCUCACCUUGAGCUAAAUCAUCUUUCAGAUGCUUUGUCUUGCUUUGAUGAAGCUUUUCUUGCAUUAGCUAAAGAACAAUCUCGUGGAAGUGAUAUAAAAGCUCAAGCAACAAUAUGUGCUCAAUACAAGAUAACAGUCACUCUUCUUCGGGAAAUUGUUCGUUUGCAAAAAGUUCAUGGUCCAAGUGCUAUUAGCGCAAAAGAUGAAAUGGCUAGACUUUCACGCCAUCUUGGCUCAUUGCCUUUGCUCGCAAAGCACAGAAUAAAUUGCAUUCGAACUGCCAUAAAACGAAAUAUAGAGGUGCAAAAUUAUGCAUAUUCCAAGCAAAUGUUAGAACUACUAUUAUCUAAAGCACCUCCAAGUAAGCAGGAGGAAUUUAGAAGCCUCAUUGACCUGUGUGUUCAGAGGGGUUUGGCUAACAAGUCGAUUGAUCCAUUGGAAGAUCCAUCACAAUUCUGUGCUGCCACAUUAAGCAGGCUGUCGACCAUUGGAUAUGAUGUGUGUGAUCUCUGUGGAUCUAAAUUUUCAGCUGUGACUGCACCAGGAUGCAUCAUAUGUGGAAUGGGCAUCAUCAAGAGAUCAGAUGCAGUCGCAGGACCAGUUCCUUCUCCUUUUGGUUGAGUCACUAAAAUUUAUUUGCUUGUACUAUGUGUUUCCUUGGGAUGCUGUUGUACAGAGAGAAGCAACUCCAUUAUAAUUUCUUCAUUUUUAGCAUACAGCUUUUCAGUUUUC